AUGGAAGAAGUUACGGGGCAUGGAAAGUUUGCGGUGAAAUUCACAGGAAAAAGUAUUGUCAAAGCAAUCAAUCCCUUGCCAAAGCCACAAAUAAUCACUCUAUCAAACCUUGACCUACUUUCUGGCCGAUUUCCUGUCACAUACUUCUAUUUCUACCAAAAUCCUGAAAAGGUUUGCUUUUCCUCCAUCAUUGAGUCCCUAAAGAGUUCCCUCGCUGAAACUCUCAGUUACUACUAUCCAUUUUCUGGUCAAAUAGUACAAAAUCCAAAUACUAAUGAACCCGAGAUCAUAUGUGACGAUAAUGGUGCUUUGGUUGUAGAAGGUCAUGCCAACAUUUCUUUGAAAGAACUAGACUUCUACAAUCUUAAUCAAUCUUUGCAAGGAAAACUCGUUUCUGUCAACACUGAGUUUCCUUUACAAGUCCAAGUCACCCAUUACACUUGUGGAGGCAUCUCAAUAACAUUCACCUUUGAUCAUGCACUCGGCGAUGCAAGUGCCUUUGGUAAGUUCCUGGUUUCAUGGUCAGAAAUCGCUCAAAAGAAGCCAAUAUCUUGCAUGCCAGAUCACAGGAGAAACCUUCGAGCGCGUUAUCCUCCGACUUAUCAUCCUUCUUUGGAUCAAACUUUUGUGAAGUGCACCAUAGAAGAAAUAAUAAACAUGCCAAUAACCCAGAUCCUUCUCAAGCGCCUAUAUCAUGUUGAUGUCUCCAGCAUCAAUAGGCUGCAGCAACUUGCUUGUGCCAGCGGUAAUAAGAGAACUAAAAUUGAGGCUUUCUCAGCCUAUAUAUGGAAGACCAUGGCUACAGUCAUUGAUAAAAGGCAUCAAAAGUGCAAGAUGGGAUGGUUAGUCGACGGACGCGGUAGAGUUCAUGGAGCUCAGAAUUUAAUGUCAAACUAUAUAGGGAAUGUGUUAUCUGUAGCUGUUGCAGAAGCAAGCAUUACAGAACUGAAGCAAGGGUCUAUCUCAGAUGUCGCGAGCAAUGUUCAUGAUGCGAUAUCGAAGGUCACUAAUGAGGCACAUUUCUUGGAUUUGAUUGAUUGGAUUGAGUGCCACAGGCCUGGUUUGAUGCUAUCUAACAUUGUAUUAGGCCGAGGAGGUCCAGCCCUUGUUUUGUCAUCAGGAAGAAGGUUUCCAGUUGCUGAAUUGGACUUCGGAUUCGGUAGUCCUGUGCUAGGCACGGUUUGUACCACGAUAGAAAAAAUUGGAGUUAGCUACAUGAACCAGAGGCCAAGCGCUAGGAAUGAUGGCUCAUGGACUGUUUCCGCUAUCUUGUGUCCAGAGCUAGCUGCUGCCUUAGAGUCGGACUCGAUUUUUCAACCCAUGUUAGCUAGUCUUCUUCGACUCUGA